AUGAUGGCACAAUUUAUGGAAAAUCAAGAUGGCCAUAACAAGAAGAUGGAACAUCAAAUGAGACAAAUCGAGAAUGCACAUCAAUCGUCGAUUCACAAUGUGGAAUGUCAACUUGGGAAAUUAGCCAGAAAGAUAGCUGAAAGAGAGCAAGGAAAAUUUCCAAGCAAUAUCGAGACUAAUCCGAAGGAAGGAGCCAUGGCAAUCUCUUUAAGGAGUGGUAAAGAAGUUAACAUCUCACCAAAAGAGAAAAAGAAGGAUGACCACAUUGUGAUUGAGGAGGAGUCCGAUAAAAAAUUUGAGGAGGAAGUUACUAUGGAAAAGUAUCCACCAAUCGUCAAGGUGUACGUUCCUCCGAUACCAUACCCUCAGCGACAAAGGAAGAGGAUAAACGAGGCAUUGGCACAAAUGCCUUCUUAUGCAAAGUUCUUGAAGGAGAUUGUCUCCAAUAAGAAUAAAUUGGAGGAGUAUUCAAUGGUGGCUCUGACUGAGGAGUGCAGCGCGAUAUUGCAGAAGAAACUACCUUCGAACUGCUUGUGUGAUUUAGGUGCUAGCAUCAAUUUGAUGCCACUUUCAGUGGUGAAGAAGUUGGGGAUAACUGAAAUUGUUGACAUAAUCGAUAAAAUUGUGAAGGAAACAUUUGUGAAAGAGUCAUAUAAUGAACCACUAGAGGCAUGUUUAGCUAUGAGCCUAGAUGAAAAAGAUGAUGAUGUAGAGAUCAUUGAGUAUGCACUGAGUUUGGAGGGUAACGGUUUUAAGAAAUUCAAACAUUUUGUCAAGUUCGAAGAACUUGGAGAGGGAGCUAAUGACACUUAUCCUGUGACUAUUUCAGCUAAACUGAGUUCCACAGAGGAAGAGAAGUUUUUGAGGAUUUUAAGAAAUCGCACGAGUGCAAUAGCAUGGACUAUAGCCGACAUAAAAGGCAUUAGUUCAUCUAUAUGCAUGCACAAGAUCUUGGCGGAGGACGAGUUUAAACCAAGCGUCCAAGGUCAGAGGCGAUUAAAUCCCAACAUGAAGGAAGUUGUGCGAGCUGAAGCAAUCAAACUACUUGAUGGAGGUAGUUCCGAAGAAAGGAGCACAACUGUGGUGAAAAAUGAAAAUAAUGAGCUAAUUCCAACUAGGGUGGUUACUGGUUGGAGAGUUUGCAAAGACUAUCGAAAGUUGAACACAGCUACUCGCAAGGACCAUUUUUCUUUACCUUUCAUUGAUCAAAUGCUUGAGCGAUUAGCUGGCUAUGGAUACUAUUGCUUUUUGGAUGGCUAUUCGGGGUAUAACCAAAUUCCAAUUGAACCAGAGGAUCAAGAGAAAACAACGUUUACAUGCCCCUACGGUACAUUUGCAUAUCGUCGUAUGCCAUUCGGUUUGUGUAAUGCCCCUGCUACCUUUGAACGUUGCAUGAUGUCUAUCUUUUUUGACAUGGUAGAGGACAUCAUUGAAAUCUUUAUGGAUGAUUUCUCUGUGUUUGGAUCAUCGUUUGAUGUGUUUCUUGCUCAUCUAGAUAAAGUGUUGCAACGAUAA